AGUCAGGGUGGUGUGGUUGUGCUGUCAGGACACAGCUUAGAAAACUGAGAUGAACUUUGCACAACAAGUGUGAUGCCUUCAGGAUCAGUGUGAGCUCUGGAAAUCUUCAACAUCUUCAAGCUGUGAGUUGUUGGCUGUGAAAAUAUCAAGAUGGAUUCCACCACUCUGCCUACAGAUGCCAUCCUCUUCUCCACCAUCAAUAUCUAUGACAACACUUCCUGUGACACCCUCUAUGCCCAUCGGGACUACGCCAGGGUCCUAAUGCCUCUCUUCUAUUCUCUUGUUUUCAUUGUUGGCCUUCUUGGGAAUUGCCUCGCACUUCACGUCAUCCGACCCAAUCUGAAGAAGAUCAACUCCACCACCUUAUACUCCCUCAAUCUGGUCAUCUCAGACAUCCUCUUCACCUUCUCUCUGCCACUGAGGAUCCUGUACUACGCUCUGGGCUUUCAUUGGCCUCUGGGCGAGACGAUGUGCAAGAUUUCCGGCCUUGUUUUCUACAUCAACACUUACGCUGGAGUCAAUUUCAUGACCUGCCUAAGCGUGGACCGUUUCAUCGCCGUAGUUCUGCCUCUGCGCUAUGCCCGACUCAGGAAGGUCAGUAACGUGAAGUACAUUUGCCUCGGCGUUUGGCUGCUGGUCUUAGCACAGACCCUCCCUCUUCUGAGCAGUCCUAUGACCAAUGUGGAGUCUGAUGGCUUCAUCACCUGUAUGGAAUACCCAAACUUCGAGAAGGUUGACAACAUUGCCCCUGUACUGAUUGGCGCCGUCUUCCUUGGUUAUGUCGUCCCUGUGGUGACCAUCCUGGUGUGUUACUCCGUCUUGUGCUCCAAACUCCGCCUCACUGCGAAGAACAAUCAUUUGACGGAAAAGUCUGGCCGUAGCCGCAAAGCUAUCGGUGUGAUCUGUUGCGUAUCUCUCGUGUUCGUCGUCUGCUACAGCCCCUAUCACAUCGACAUCCUGCAGUACAUGAUCCGCAAGCUAGUGUACGAACCUGACUGCACCGAGCUCACGGCCUUCCAGGUGUCGCUGCAUGUCACAGUGUGUCUGAUGAACCUUAACUCCUGCUUGGAUCCUUUUAUCUACUUCUUUGCCUGCAAGGGUUACAAGAGGAAGCUCCUGAAGCUGCUGAAGUUACAUGUCAGCAUGUCGUUCUCAAGCGCUGUUAGGACAUCGCCGGAAGGCUCGUCCAAGGAUUUUAUUGAUGGGAACAAGAUCCACCUUAACAGUUCCACUGCAGUUACAACCGAGAGACUCACGGAUAGAAGAUCAAGGCUGCAUGAGUAAAACAUAGAACUAUGACUUGUGCAAGAUGAGGCGUCCCUUAAUGUCUGGGCUUACUUAAAAUCAUAACCGGACAAAUAAUGUUACACACACAUGGCAACAGGGACUUCAGUCAGCUACUCAGCAUCUGAAUCCUUAGGAAUUCAGCUGCCCUUGGACCGGAUUAGAGGACACGAGGGAAGGAUUUAAAAAGAGCAUCAACAGAAUGACUUCCUGUGCUUACAUGCUUUCUUAUGGAUAUUGGGGACUUUCUCAGGAAAGCAGAGAUUAAUGCAGCUGUGGAACAAAGGAUGAAACCUCUCCUAAAACGUGCUUGUCUGCUGCCCAUGGACUAAGCCUGUAAGAUGUAGAGCACAAUGAGAAAGGCCAGUAAAAUGAGACACUGUUUCAACACCGACUUGAUCUGCUACCCUAACCCCAACCCAAUCUGCUGACCUUAUCUUUUGAAGGAAACAGCCUGAUAUCUGCAUGCAAUGACUGCAAAUACAACCCCAUCCUCCCCAUGCUUGAUUUGUGAAGUUCUAGCGGAAAUGUAUUUGAUUUCAAUAUGAAGUCAUGCUCACACAUCUUACCUCUAGUUUCAGUCCAGCACACAGAUCUAACAUCUCAGGAAAAACGGACUUCAACAGCCUUCAAGAUGAAUUCACUAGUUGGAAAAGCAUCAAAAAUUUCCCUAAUGUGACAUUGUCUUACUGGGAUAGAUUAUAAUUUACAGUGUUUCACUAUGAUGCAUUAUCUGUCUUAGGGAUGUCAACAAUUAAUCAACUAUCGAUUAAUUGAUUGUUAAGAACUCACUCCAACACAUUUUUUUGUUUUGAUUUCCUACCACGUGGAACAAACAUCAUGUGGUCACAUAUUUCAUUCAGCUAUCAGGGAGGUGUUUUACGUUUAAAGCAUGUUUCGAUGUGAAUCAGCUGACUAAAGGUGUUGCGCACAGUGGAGACGCUCAGCUGGGGGCUGCGGCUGAGUGACAGGUCUCCACGAGUGCUUUUUUCCUCUGCCGCCGGACUGAUUAUGACCUGGUUGCACUCCCGGCUGAUACCUGACCAUGUCCACAUGCUUAUUUUUCUCAAUAAGAACGAGUAGACAGAAAACUGGACACUGUGAGUCUGAAAUAUGUUUCUGUUCAGUUCCCUUAUUGAAGUAAAUCCACAUGUUGUAGACUGAGCCUUCCCUUUAUAUGACUGUAUGUCUGCUGAGAUUAUGAGCCUGCUCCACAUGUGUUUAAUGUUUUGAACACCUCAAUACGAUCGGCAGCUAUUCAAUGCUGUCAGUUAUAUACAUUGUGUCGUGAAGAAAAUUUUGAUUCAGGGGAUAAAAAGCAUUUGACAUUGUUUUUGACGGAAAGCGUUCACUUUUUUGUAUGAUUAAUCGCUAAAUGAUCGUUAACAUUUUCAAAGAUUGAUCACAGAAAAUACUUGAAAUUUACAUCCCUAAUGUGUAUCUUUUAUUGUGAACAAAUCUUUUGAGUGCGUUUCCACCAACAGACUGGAUGAAACAUGGACCAUGUGUCAGUGACAUCACCCAUUGUUUUUUAAAGAAGUGUUAUGAAGCACAACAAUGGCAUUCACCAUAUUGGAAAUGCUGACUUAACAUUACUUUAUAUCAAUCUAACAAACAGGUUAAAAAGCUACGGUGAUGUGGGCCUUCAGCAUUCUGGUAAGCAGCUACAGUGCACCAACUCACCAGGCCCUUAUCUAUGAAAAUGUAUACAUAACCCUUAGCCUUUAUAGAUACUAAAUAGUUGAGUUAUAAAAAACAAAAGUCACAUCGUAUACAGUUUGUUGGACUAAAAAAAUGAACCAAACCAACUGUUUGGUUUUUUUUAGUGUGGGUUGUAAAUGUGUUUAAAGCUGCCGUAAAAGUGGGAGUUAAAACAGGGGACUUCUUGGGAUUCCUUGGCUUCCAAAGCCAGCUCCUAGUGGAUACUUGAGGAACUGCAGUUUUCUUUACUUCUGCAAUUACUUCAUUUUUCAGAAACACAAGUUGCUGCUUGUUUCUACCCUGAAAAAACACUUGAACACAAAACUGUAAAUAAUCUGAAUUUAAAGCAGGAAACGCCUAGAAGUCCUUGACCUUCAUUAGGCAAACAGAGUGAGCUGGGGUUGGCAUGUUUUGUAGCUUUCUAGUAUUUAGUGAAUCUUUAUUUUCCAGCCACUGUCUUUGUUUUUUUUUGUCUUUCAACCACCUUUUGAGCAGUAAAAUUGUAUUACACCACUGGUAGGAUUGUGUAUUGCAACACCCAGAUGCACACACGUGAUAACUCUGAGAAAUCCACAGAUUGAACAUCGUCAAAGUGCUGCUACCACCAGUUUAAAACGCCAAGUGCGCCAUUCAAAGUGCUGCCAGAAAAUGAAUGCCAAGUUCAACAAAAUGAUGUGCGUGAAAAAUCAGGUGCCAUAUCAUUUGCUUUGAUCCUACAUUAGUUUGCUUUGUGGCAAUCUGUGUUUCAUGUUACAUUUUUUUUGUGUUAGGGUUCUGUUGUUUUGAUUUCAUGUUUGUUACAUGCACACAGUGAUAGAUAUCAGGAAAAUGAAGCAUCAAUGAUGUCAGGAUGCUCACAUUGUUAAAAGCUGAACUUUGGAGCACAUUUUUUGAAUGUUAUGUUUUUAUGAGGUUUGAUCUGUUUUCAAAGAACUUAAUAAAAAGCUUGAUAAAUACAGGAAUGACGUUGGUGGAUUGGUAUCCUCUGUGAUGCAUUAAAACAUAUCAAGUAUUACCUU